AUGGCUCCGAGACAUGAUGGUCAUGAUGGGCAGAGCCAAGGCGGAUCUGGACAGGACCUACAUGUGGAUGUUUUCAAGGCCGCAGGUGCUGAUGAGGACCAGGGUGAAGGUGCUGCCUCUGAGGAGGAGGAGGAGGAAGGAGCAGAGGAUGGGCACUCAGAAGAGUGUUCGUCUGAAGGCUCAGGUGAUGAGUAUGCUGAUGCAGAAGGCAGUGAGGUUGAGCUCAGUUGCGAAAGUGAUGCUGAAGGAUCAGAAUGCAGAGGAGAGGAUGAUUCUGGUGAGGAGGACGAGGCUGGUCCAUUGCAUGACAUGGCGGCCGAUGAUGCAAAGGGCCAGGCGGGUGACAAAGUAUGUGGUGAUGAUGUACAUGGCAAAGGUGAGGAAGAUGCCCGCGAGGCUUCACUCGAGGCAAGCGUGGGGGAGAUCAGGGCGGCCGCCAACGUCCAAGCAGCUCGUGACGAAGGAAAGGCUGCUGAGCAUGUGGCGGAUGCUGGCGAUUCCCCAGACAGCAGCCUGCCUCGCGAAGAAGCGGUUCAUGAUGCACUGCACUUGCAAGACUCCGUGGUCGCAAGCAUCGAGGACAGUCUGGGCAUGCUGGAAGAGCAACAGCAGCUCCAGGCGGCCCCCAUGCAGUCUUUGCAGAUUGCCGCUGACGCGUCGCCUUCGCUCGAGGAGCGCGGCGUCUGGAAACAAAGAGAGAGAUUGGAGGAGCAGGAUUUCCAGAAUCUGUCGCCAAUCGCAUCAGCUUCAAAGUGUCAGGAUGAGGCGGACCAUGUCGUUGUCACGGAGGUGCAGCCUGAGGUCGAGAGAAGCUGCGCUGGAGACAGUGGGCACGGCACAGCCGCCGAGUUCUUCGACAUCUCCAGCGAUGUCAGCGAUGUCGAGAGAGAUUGCUCUGAGUCUUCACGCGUUGCCGACAUCUGCAACUCCCGGCGACCAGCAUCGGCGCAAGCUCAAGAUCAGCCAGAUGGCCUAUCGCACUUGACAAUGCCUGAUCAAGUCCCCGAGCACUUCGUCAUCUGCGAGCUUGAGCCAUGCGGGCCAGGAGGAAUUCCAGGCGCAUCUCCAGGAAAUGCUGCCCCCCAGAACUUGGUGCUGACACAGACCCUCCCGCAGGAUCAAGCACAUAGUGUGUCGCAAGUGGCAGAGGACCCCCAAGCCGAUUCCAUGGACAGCCAGCUGAAGGAUCCGCCCGCUGCCAUGGAACGCCAAGCAAGCAAAGCAAGUGACUAUUACAGCCAGUAUGGAGAUUUGUACUUUGAUGAGGCCAACCUGAUUGAGAAUGGGAACCACGUGCUGGUGGGAUACAUCAUGAAGCCGAAGGAGGGUCACGGCUAUUUGGAAACAGCCGUGCAGUUUGCCUCCGAGGCUUGCCCAAGCACAUCCGACGAUUUUGAUUCUUUGGACGCGCACGUUUAUGACAUCGAUCCGGAGAGUGAGAAGAUGAAGAUUGCGUACCCUGUCCAGCUGUUUGGGCACGAUGCCAGCAUCACUUGCUCGUUCUUCAACUUGGGCAUCGGCAACAAUCAAAGCAUGGAGGAGGCGGAGUACAGCCGAAUCAAUGACUUCUACUUGCCGCCACGGUUUCUGCGUCUGUACGAUGGACCUGAUGCAAAUGUAGAGGGUGCCUGGCGCACUAUGGGCCGCCGCGUCAACAAGGUCAAGCACCAUUGCCUGGCAGCUGACGGCACUCUCCAGCCGAUUCUUCGCCUUCUGCCCAAGCCUGCCCAUCCUAGCCUUGCGUUUUGGCAAGGACACCCUGAGGGUGAGCUGCUGGAUCAGAUGAGCGAGUGCCUCCCUGAGGUCGUCCAGGAAAUGGCGGCGUGCAUCAAGAAGGCUGGCCCAAGCAAGUCUCUCACAAAUGUGCUCGCCGUGGACAGCCAGAUGCUCGACCGUGGCAAGUACAUUUUAUCGCAGUUCGCACCAGUCUUCAAGAGUUAUGCGCUCCUGGUUCGGAGCUACGUCGAAGGAGGUGCUGUCACGGACACCCAGCCCCAGGGAGGCUACACAGCAUUUGUUCAUACCAAGCUCUCUCAAGUCAUUGGGGCUCCCGACAUCCACGCCGGUGUGGCCGACGUGCCUGAUGUCCAGGACAGGCUGGACACGCUGGAAGAGCAGCAGCUCCAGGUGGCCCUCGGCCGGUCUUUGGCAAAGACUGCUGCCGAGUCGCCUUCGCUCGAGGACCUUCCAGCCACUGGACCAGCCCAAGAGCCUUCCACCCACACGAGCAAGAGGGCGCCAGCCUCAGCCAGAUCUCCAUGUACCUCGAAUGCUGGUGAGGCUGCAAUCCAUGGGCUCCAGGCCGUGGAGGAAGAGGCAAGCACAGGGGAGCAGAAGGAGGCUGCCAAUGUCGUAGCAGCUCUUGACGAAGGGCAGACUGCUGAGCCUGGCUUGCGUAGCCUGGCAGAUGCUGGCGCAUUGCACAUGCAAGACUCCGCAGAAACAAACUGCCAGGCUUUUUCAGUCGCCCAGGUUCCCCCACUUCCGGUCAUGGAGGAGGCAAGCACAGGGGAGAAUACGGAGGCUGGCUUGCGUGGCCUGGCGGAUGCUGGCGAUGCCCCACCAGGCAGCCUGCCUUGUGAAGAAGUGGUUCGUGGCGCAGUGCACGUGCAAGACUCCGCAGUAACAGACUGCGAGGCUUUUUCAGUCGCCCAGGUUCCCCCACUUCCGGUCAUGGAGGAGGCAAGCACAGGGGAGAAUACGGAGGCUGGCUUGCGUGGCCUGGCGGAUGCUGGCGAUGCCCCACCAGGCAGCCUGCCUUGUGAAGAAGUGGUUCGUGGCGCAGUGCACGUGCAAGACUCCGCAGGAAUAGGCAACGAGGACGGCCGUAGCCAAGUUUUUGGUUUUCUGGUGCUGGGGGCUUGCAGGGCACGACUAGAAAUGGAGAAGAAGCGUUUGCUGCGGCGUUUGUAG